AUGGACGAGACUGCCACCACCUCUGCGAUCCUCGACAUUCUGUCGUCGAUCUGCCUGACGCCCAAACCGCCGUCGCCCUCGUCGCUGCGGUCCCAUUUGCCGCACGUGACCCCGCACUCGACGCCCAAGUCGGUGAUCAAACGCAAGCUGUCCAACUCUUCAGACCACAUCGUGUUCAGCAAGUCGCCCAAAGUGGGCAAACGGCCGUCGGCCGACCCGUUCGACAAACACGCCCUCAACGACAGAAUCAACUCGUUCACCAUCCUCAACUGGGCCGUCGACGACCCGAAACUCACUCCCCUCGAGUGCUCGGUGCACGGGUGGGAGUGCCAUCGCAGAAAGAACGAGCUCCAUUGCCAGUACUGCAACGCCGUGCUGCUGGUCAAGCUCAACGAGCGCACCCUCGAAAACCCGGUCACAAACUUCCUGUUUCUGGAAGACCAGGAGUCGGAGAACCAGUUCGUCCAGGUACGAGCACAGCUUAUCGAGUCGUACUUGCACAAACUGUACACCCACCAUUACCCCGGUUGUAUAUGGAAAAACGCCAAUUUGGAGAUCGGUCUGGUUCGCAAACAGUACUACCUGAAGUUGAGCGAUAUGGACGAGAUCAUUCUGCAAUACCAACACAACCUCGAGAACCUGCUCCAUCACCAGGAGAUUCUGCUCAUGAAAAAUUACACCUUUGACAUUCUGUCAAAACCACAGAUCCAGAUCCUCCAGGCGUACGACAACACCAACCUUGUUGCAUCGAUGAUUGCGCUGUUCGGCUGGCAGCUCAAACAACAGCGGUUUGGGUCGAAAAACCUGGCCCUGUUGAAAUGCCACAAAUGCACAAGACGGAUCCUGCUGGGAGAAACGUCGAUUCUGAACCGCGCAGAGCCACUCAACAGCGUCCAGUACCCGCCCGAAAUCAACACAGACGAGUCGGAAAUCGACCUGCUCGCGGAACACGAGAGCUGGUGCUGCAUGGUGGCACAAUCCGAGGACUGCCAGAUCUACGAGCUAGUGCUCAAAUCCCUGGCAACCACGCUGCCGUCCAAAGACCUGGACGAAAUGGAAACAGAACCGCAUACAAUGGACUUUGACUCGACAAUUGCGCUUCUUCGUGAAAUUAAUUAA